AUGGCGAAUACAGCGCAGUGUUAUUACUGCUUUGAAUCCCUGCUUGCUUCAUUCGAGGGCCGCGAGCCAGCCACGUUGGCAGCCGUAGAAGCCCUCUGGGAGCAACAUGAGCAAACUAAGAAGUUGUCGAGUCUGCAAGAUCAAACAGAACAAGAGGCAGACCGACAGCAGUCUGUAAAUGAAGAGGAUGAAGAUGAUGCCCAACAAUCUUCCCUGACGAGUAGUCGUCCCAACAAGCUGAAACUCCCCAGCGUCAGCCGCCUUCAGAGCCAAAGCUCUGCCACAUCCAGUGCAGCUACUACGCCGUCAUCCGCUUCCAACACGUCUACCAAUUCGCUUGGCUCAAGCUCAACAAACAUCACCUCACCCGGGCUGGCCGAGACUCCAUCCCAGCUGAUAUCGCCCGAUCAGCGGUACCCCCUGUUCGUCACAUGGAAUACCAUGUCACGAAGUGGACACAAGUCUCUGCGGGGUUGCAUAGGCACAUUCGAAGGACAGGAGCUAGCAGAAGGGCUGAAGUCCUACGCUUUGACCUCGGCCUUUGACGACACACGUUUCUCUCCUAUCCCCAAAUCUCUCCUCACCUCGCUAUCAUGUUCUCUCACUCUCCUAGGAUCCUUUGAACCCUGCACAGACGCCCUGGAUUGGAGUCUAGGUACCCACGGUCUGCGUAUCUCCUUCGUUCACCGCGGCCGUCGCUACGGCGCCACCUAUCUCCCCGACGUUGCCGUCGAGCAAGGCUGGACGAAAGAAGAGACCGUCGAGAGCCUGAUGCGCAAGGCAGGAUGGGACGGUGGUGGUGGGAGUGGCAGUGCCGCUAGGAGACUACUACGAGGUGCGGCAGGCGGGAAUUCCAGUACUGCCAAACCUUGGGACCAAGUUUCGGAGUUCCGCACUAUCAGGUAUCAGGGACUCAAGGCGAGUGCAAAUUAUGCUGAGUGGCAGGCAUGGCGGGACUGGGUUCUGUCUCUGGAUGAUGGAGCGGAAAUCCUGGCGUGA